AUGAAUCUCCUCUCCAUACUCUUGGCUUGCAUGUCUACGGUCGUACUCGCUAAUGAUCACCACCCGCCUGUUUGGCAAUACCGCUGGUGCAAUUACGGAGCUGAAGGUGACGGUGGUUGCGAGGCGAAGGGUCUCAACACAUAUUGCUGCUCGCAGGGCCAGGUACAAACCAAUGCCUUCCCUGUUAAGCGGUUGACGACUGCGGAGAGGAAUGGACCAAAUCAGCAACCGGAGUGUAUUCCCUACGGGCUCAGGUUCUGUGCAUAG